GACCACGCCCAAUGCCUUGCCCUUCAAAAUGCUAAGGGAAACACCAGAACUCACUCGCAAUGAACACAUUUGUGUGUUCAUUGCAUUACCAACAUCCCCCGUUUGUUAUCGUGCAACCAAGUUAGCCAUCAGAAAUGAUGGUCAGAAUUCGUGGACUCCGUAAUAUAUUCUGGAUAUGCCAAGAACGGAUCUAUAAAUAGGUGUUGCUCACUGGACCCAUGCAGAAAACUUUUAAUUGAUCUUGCAACAACAAACCCUGGAGCUAAAACCAAACACAACCCGACAAGAGAAGAAGCGAUUCUCUGUCACAUUCAACAACAACUUUACUAGAAAUGGCUGAAGUCGAGGAAACGCUGAAGAGGAUCCAGGGCCAGAAGGGCGUGCAAGGAAUCAUCAUCGUGAACGCAGAGGGCAUCCCCAUCAAGACCACCAUGGACAACUCCACCACGGUGCAGUACGCAGGCCUGAUCCACCAGCUGGUGAUGAAGGCCAGGAGCACCAUCCGGGACGUGGACCCCCAGAACGACCUCACCUUCCUACGCAUCCGCUCCAAGAAGAACGAGAUCAUGAUCGCCCCGGACAAGGACUACUUCCUGAUCGUCAUCCAGAACCCGUCGGACUAAAGGCGAACGACCCGCUCACCUUUUGUCUCAAGACCUUUAUCGCGGCGUCUCCCGUUCAAACGGCCGGCUGACGGUUUACACUCUCAUCAGAAGCUCUUUCUUUACGCACUUAGUGUGUGAGGAUGGAUGUGGUCGCAGUUCAUUCAGCGAUACCCUUGAGUGUGGGUCGAUUCAUAUUAUUUUGCAUCAUUCCAUUGCAGUUCAAAGCCCGUUUCUCUUCACUAUAUCUGCUAUGAACACCUACUUACCAAUGACCCCUAUAGUAAAUCAGCAUUGCACACGAGUUCUUUUGAGUGGAUUUCAAAUGUAUACGCAUACACAUACUGUCCGUCUUUUGCCAAUUCAACUUCCAUAAACAAAAUUCUGAAGCUGCAUCUAUUGGUAUAAGGAGUGAACUACACAUCUCCAAACCAGUUUUUUGAUUUUGAUGUUUA